AUGACCAAGCGCACCAAGAAGGUCGGUAUCACCGGUAAAUACGGAGUCAGAUAUGGUGCUUCCCUGCGUAAGCAGGUGAAGAAGAUGGAAGUCACCCAGCACGCCCGCUACGUCUGCACCUUCUGCGGAAAGAACACCGUUAAGCGCAAGGCUGUUGGCAUCUGGGACUGCAAGGGCUGCAACAAGACCGUUGCCGGUGGCGCCUACACCGUCUCCACCCCCGCUGCCGCCGCUACCCGCUCCACCAUCCGUCGUCUCCGUGAGAUUGCUGAGGUUUAAAUGGAAUUAUGUGGUUUCCUUUCUCUUCUACGGAUACGAUACCAAAAAUGAAAAACUUCGGAAUCUGAGGA